AUGACAAGAAGGUCGUCUUCAACAUCGUCUUCGUCGUCUGGUUCGCAAAACUCGUUGGAGAUAUCAACACCACGGGCCAUCGCUGCAAGACCAUCUGGACAGGUAAAAUGGAAAGCAAAUACCAAGAUUACAGAACCUAUGGUAUCGUCCACACAGCGUAGGCCCACAGAAAAUGAGAAUUCGCUGGGAGGGUUCUCAACAAGUGGACUGGCACCGCUCAGUCCACUACCUCAGGGCAAGGCUCACGAUGGUACGGAAGAAAAACAUCAGGUCUCUCAUAGAGCUAUGCCAAUGGGCUUCAUGUACUCCUCUCCAAACCUUAAGAAUAUGCAAGAAUUGGCGUCACAUUACAACGAGGCUCGAUUGCGGGAUUACUACUACCAAAACAACACAGCCCGUACAUCAACGUUCGUGGACCCUCUAUAUCAUCAGCUAUCAUCACGUCCGAACAAUGCACAGAACAAGCCGGUGUGGAGUUUGAACCAGCCCUUACCACACGUUCUGGACUCUUCCUUGGUAAAAAAGAUCACCACUAAUAUCGAGGCCCAAUCGGGCACCUCUUCCGGACCAGCAUCCAAAUCAGGCUCCAAACCAGGCUCAGUUAACCCAUCCCGUGUUGGUUCUAUGGCCUCCAUCAGCGACUGGAGGAAGGCUUUCCAGCGGGUCAACUCUGGUCGCAAGAUUAACGACAUGGAAGCUCAGUUGCCCGUCUCCAGUGCCGAAAGUCGGCGAUCAAAAGCUGUUAUAUUCAAUGAGGAAAAGCACACCAGUUCUCAGGUCGAGCUCGAAAACGACAACUCUCGUCGCACUCACCCUGGCACAAAAUCUGUGCUGAAUUCCGAUUCCUAUCCCAACUCUGCAGCUGACGAUGUGCCUACGCUGGCACAAAACUCCAAGACAGGCAGUCCACCUGAUAUUCCACCGGCGCCACCAGCGCCGAUUAUUAUUGUGCCAGGCGCUGCUGAUGAAGACGGUCAGGAUUCAGGUCCACAAACGUUUCCCAAUUUUUGGGCUAAAAUACGUUACACCAUGCGCGAACCAUUUGCAGAGUUCUUGGGAACUCUCAUCCUGGUCAUUUUUGGUGUAGGAGGUAACCUUCAAGCCACUGUCACUAACGGAGCUGGGGGGUCUUUCGAGUCUCUAUCUUUCGCAUGGGGCUUCGGUGUCAUGUUGGGUGUUUACGUCGCGGGUGGUGUCAGUGGCGGCCACGUAAACCCAGUCGUCACCAUAUCGAUGGCCAUUUUCCGCAAGUUUCCAUGGAAGAAGGUGCCAGUCUACAUUCUAGCUCAAAUUGUCGGUGCCUUUUUUGGUGGUGCUAUGGCAUAUGGUUAUUUCUGGAGCUCUGUUACAGAAUUCGAGGGAGGUGCGCACAUCAGAACAGCAGCAACAGGCGCCUGUCUCUUCACCAAUCCCAAAUCGUACGUUACAUGGCGUAACGCCUUCUUCGAUGAAUUUAUCGGCACUGCCAUCUUGGUUGGAAGUUUGAUGGCGCUGCUAGACGACAACAAUGCCCCUCCGACCAACGGAAUGACCGCUUUAAUUAUAGGCUUCCUCGUGGCAGCUAUUGGCAUGGCUCUUGGGUACCAAACGAGUUUUACUAUCAAUCCGGCCAGAGAUCUAGGACCUCGGAUUUUUGCAUCCAUGAUUGGCUACGGCCCGCAUGCGUUCCAUUUGACGCAUUGGUGGUGGACUUGGGGUACUUGGGGCGGUCCUAUCGCUGGUGGGAUCACCGGAGCGCUGGUCUACGAUAUUUUUGUCUUCACCGGAUUUGAGUCUCCCAUCAACUAUCCCGAUAAUGGCUACAUCGAGCAUCGAGUCAAGGCUAUACUGCAGUCAGAGAAGACCCUACAGGCUGCAGAUUCCAAAACUAAUGACAUCGUGAACAAAGACAGUUAG